AUGGCGUUCCUGCUGGCAGCGGCACGGUUGGGCAGGCAGUGGUGCGGCACCUUCAGGCAGUUGAGCAGGUGGUGGCGCGGCAGCUGCAGGUGGUUGAGCAGGUCCACAGACAGUGGUGCGGUUGAGCAGGUGGCAGCAUGGCAGGAGCAGACAGUUCCGCAGGCGGUUGCACAGCUCUUUCCAGCUCAUGGCACAGUUGAGCAAGCAGUGGUGCGGCAGCCGCAGGUGGUUGAGCAGGUGGUUGAGCAGGUGGCGUUGCGGCAGCCGCAGGCAGUUCAGCAGGCGGUUGCACAGACGGUUCCACAGGCAGUUCCUGCCGGCGGCGUCACGGUCGGGCAAGCAGUGGUGCUGCAGCCGCAGGCAUUUGAGCAGGUGGUGGUGCAGCAUCUGCAGGUGGUUGAGCAGGCCAUUACAAAUGCGGUUCCAGCAGGCAGCAGCGUGGUUGGGCAAGCAGUGGCGCGGCAGCCACAGGUGGUAGAGUGGGUGGCGCCACGGCAGCUGCAAGCGGUUGAGCAGGCAGUUGAGCAGGCGGUUCCACAGACGGUGGUGUGGUUGAGCAGGUGGCAGCAUGGCAGGAGCAGGCGGUUCCGCUGGUGGUUCCCGCAGCUCGUUCCUGCAGGCGGUUGCGCGGUGCGGAGGAGGUCCCUAUCUAACGCUGUUUGCUGGGUUCGUGUCAUGGCUGCGUCGUUCUAUCAUGUGUGGCUGCGGCAGCUACAGGAUGAAGGACCAAAUGCAGGACUCACAGACACGGAGGGAUGAACACAAAAAGGCAGCUUUAUUGAGUUAUAAAAACAUUCCAUAAGGUAACAACGCAACAACAGACAGAGGAAAACACAGGGCUUAAAUACACAAGGGAGUAAAAAAGGGGAUGGGAAACAGGAAGGAAACACAGUUGGGACUAAUCUGAUAAAACGAGACAGGGAGGAAAGAAAACUGAAAGCAUGGAACACGAGACUGUCAAAGUAAAACAGGAAACGAGACAUACACAAAGAUGCAGACUUGACACAGUGACAUGACUGACUAGGGAACCAGAAACAUGGAGACAAGAGUAACUAACCAUGGAACACAGGGAAAGCACAGUGACAGAAAAUUAAAGAAUAGGAAUUAUAAAUAUAACACAAGCAGAAAACAAUAAAAGAAAACCAAAACCAUGAAAAACAACAAAUCAAAGAAUAUAACUUCAUCUGAAAACACAAAACACUGGGUCACAGACCCAGUACCAUGACACAAGUAUUUAGAACACACAGAAGAAUUGCUUAUCACAGCAUUGCUCAUUAAGGCAACAAUGCAGUGUUUUUUAAACUCCCAAAAUAUGAUUGUGAAUAUUUUGAUGUAGAAAGUGGGAUUAUCCCCAUUAGCAGCAUCUCCUCCUCUCUGGCGCACUGAGGAUGAGGUUGAUCACACAGUCUGAUGUGCAUAUGUGCUGCAUUUGUCACACCGUAUUUAAAAAUGAGUCGCUCCAUUGGACCUUAGGGUUACCAAAUCUCACUUUAACCCCUGAACACAAGGAUAACCUAAUGAGGUCUUUGCCAUCAUUGAUCGAUAACCCCACCUAUAGCCAACACCUUAACCCUGUGUUUUGGAGAAGUGAAAUAAAUAUUUAUUGUUGGAAUUUUUUAAUUUUUGAUGUGUGUCACAUAGAAUAAUUAUUUUUAUUGUCCCCUGAUUACCAAAGACUUGACUUAGACCUCACAGAGUUAACCUAAGCAGCUGAUCCUGCAAGUGGCAGUAAUACUCUCGAGCUUGCUAUUAGACAGUCCAUACAGCAAGGGGCGCACCACGUUUCUCUUCACGUACAAAUUGACCCCUGACCUCCUGUCGUCAUCCGACCCUGAAUCUCACGUUUUCCUACUGUGACCUCAGACAGUCAGCACACUUCCCAGCUCUACCUUUAGCAGCAGGUAAAACCUCAGAAAAACAUUAUUCUGGCCGCAGUGACUCUCGUUGUUCUGAUUUAGUCGCGGAUUUAACA